AUGAGUCAAGGUCAAAAUCCCUAUGGUAAUCCAUAUCCACCAGAAGGUGGUUAUCCUGGAUAUCCAACUCAACAGUUUGGAGGAUAUGCAGGUCAACCCGGUGGGUAUCCAGUGCCACCUCCCAAUGCCUACGGUCAAAAUACAACAGCGUAUCCACCACCUCCACCUGUUUUACCACGUCCAGAUGUUCCUAAAGAAGAACACACGGAUAUUGAAAUAUAUAUGCAACAGGAAGAAGGGAAAGAAAAUUUCCUAAAGAAUGAUGAGCAUGGUACUGGUGAAUGGGGAAACUUUAAUGGUCUUGAAAGCAAAGAAAUUCGUCGAGUUUUUAUUCGAAAGGUUUAUUCGAUUCUUUCAAUUCAAUUGUUGAUUACGUUUGGUAUCAUCGCUUUGUUUCACUUUACACCAGCAAUUCGAGGAUAUGUUCGAAGUAGUGAAGGUCAAUGGCUCUAUUGGACGUCCUAUGUCGUAUUUCUGGUAACAUACAUCGCAUUAGCUUGCUGUCGUAGUGCUGGACGACGAUUUCCAACGAAUAUGAUUUUACUCGGAAUAUUGACACUUUCAAUGAGCUACAUGAUGGGGAUGAUUUCGGCGGUCUACACCAUUGAUUCAGUCUUGAUUGCUGUUGGCAUUACAGUCUUUGUUUGUUUGGGUGUAACAUUAUUUUCCUUCCAAACAAAAUUCGAUUUUACAUCAUGUAUGGGCGUUAUCUUCGUUAUUUCGUUGGCAUUAUUGGGCUUUGGAAUUGUUUGCAUCUUUGUACAAUCAGAUAUCAUGUUCAAAGUCUAUGCUGGUCUCGGAGCUGUUGCUUUUUCAAUCUUCUUGGCUGUUGAUACUCAACUAAUUAUGGGAGGUAAACGACACGAAAUCAGUGCUGAAGAUCACAUUUUUGCUGCAUUGAUGCUUUAUAUCGAUGUUGUUUACAUCUUUUUAUAUAUUCUUUCAUUACUGGGUAACCGAGAGUGA